UUAUUAAUUUUUGCCAAAAUCUUCACACCAAUAACAUGUUUUGUUUUCAUUGCUAAAUGAAUUAAAAAUAUAAAACAUUUAUAAGACGCCAAAAAAAUAAAUAAAUAAAUAAUAAUAAUGAGUUCUCGAACAAGUACUCUUAAAAAUUUAUCUAUAUAUGGGAAAUUUAAUUCGAGUCAUAAAGCCAGUAACCACACUGUCGCAUUUAUUGAUGAGCAUCUGCAAACAAUCGCGUUGGUUAUUUUACUCGUACUGUUCUUCACUAUAAUCGUCGGCAAUCUUACUGUACUUGUUGUGAUAUUCUCGAGGAAAAUUAAAACACACAUGAAAAUAUUCAUUAUCAACUUAGCGAUUACAGAUUUAUUUGUUGCCAUCGGUGGAAUUUUACCGGAGAUUAUUUGGAAUGUUACAAUUAUUUUCUAUGCACCUAAUUUUGUGUGCAAAUUGGUGAAGUACGUGUCUACCACUAUAACAUAUGGAAGUUCAUUCGCACUGAUAGCAUUAAGUAUUGAUCGUGCAGAAGCGGUCUGUCGACCACUACGAGCAACUUCCUCAAAAUUCAGUAAAAAACAACACGCUCUAGCGUUAAUUGGAUCUGCAUGGUUUGCAGCUUUACUCUGUGGUAUUCCAGCAGCACUACUUGCACACAAGGUGAACGAAGGUACACCAUAUGAAAAUUGUAGAUUUGAUUUCAGUAAUAUUAGUCCACAAGCAUAUUUAACCUCUAUUGCUUUAUCAGUAUUUGUUAUACCAGCUUUUAUUAUAGCCACUUGUCAUAUAAUCAUUGUCAUUACAAUAUGGCGGGCAUCCAAGUUUCAAAAAUUCAGAAUCAAUGAUCUACCAGAAGUACGUCAUAGAUCAUCACCAGUAAAUCAAGUUGCCAGUCGUCCGUCUGUGGCGACAAUUACAAUAUCCACGGGAAAGGCAAAUUAUUUAUCACGAGAUAGAAAGAGUAUAGGCAUGAAUAUAUCUGGACAAAAAUAUCAGAGAAAACAUCUAGCAUCUGAGUUAACACGUCGACAAAUCAAUCAUAAACAUGUACAGUCUAGUUCUAUAUCAAGAGCAAAAGUGAAAACGGUUAAAAUGACUUGUCUUAUAGUUUCAGGUAAAUUUCAGUAUGAGCAACAAAUUUAAAAAACUCUAAGUUUUAAUUUUUAAUGUGAGUACAGUUCUGUCAUAUAUUACAUGUUGAGAAACGAAACAUAAUGGGAUGACUAGUGUAAACCAGAUUUAAGUAAUUCUUACAAAAGCUGUUACUUUCUAUUUCUUAGUAUGUAUUUUACCCUGAGCCAGGGUCUCCAUAGUCACUCGUCUCCGCCUCACAGGAUUUCCUUCACGUCAACCUCCUUUCAAGGGCCUAGUGUCACAUGUCACCCAGCCGUCUCCUCAGUAUGGGCCUGAUCUAUCUCCCUUGUCUUCGCAUUGUUUGUUGAACAAAAGGCUCUUGGUUAAUUCAUUCCCGGAGUUUCUCCUCACUUAUUAUUUUUUUAUGGGUGGCCAUCUCAUUUUCAACAUGGAAAGAGGCCCGCUGUUGAUAAAACUCCGUAACUUGCUGGAAAUGACUUCCUUGACGCUGGUACUGUUUCUGACGCAUAUAUAUAGAAGAACUGACCUAACAUUACUGGUGACACUGUCAUCCUUAACGUUCCCUGUGACUGAAGCGAUGCUCGCUAGAUAAGUGAAGGAUGUAACCUCUUUAAAAUAUUUUUUUCAAAAGAAUGGAUACUGAACAAAGAAUACUCUUUUCGAUAACCUCUUCUUUAUCAGGCUCUACAGCCAUACAUACAUACAUAGUGAUGAAUAGAUUAGUGUUGUGAACAAAAUUGAUGUUAUGUAAAUAAUAUCGAAUCAAUAAUGAUAUCAAUAGGUUACAGUUCAAUAGUAUCAAAAUAAAAUAAGCUGAAUGUUAGAAUAAUUGGGAAAGAUAAUAUCACAAAUUCAUGAAUUUCUAGUCUCUACUGAUGGCCAGUCAGGACAGUAGUACUUGCUGUACUUGCUUCUUUUGCACACAAAGCAGUGAUUUAGAUAUGAUAGAGAAGAUUUGUAGCUCAGGUGGAUGAUUUUGA